GGCUGCGGCCCGGGCCGGUUCCCGCGCUGCCCACCGCCGAGUCCGCGCGGCGCCGCCCCGAGCCCCGCCGCGAGCCCCAGGAGCAUCCGUAGCGUCAUGGUCGUCGCAGGUCUCCGCAGGGCGCGGUCGGCGGAGCCUCGUGCUGGCGCCACAUGGCGCCGCCUCUGUCCUUUUUCGGCCUCGCCCCGGGCUCCCGCGGGUGUGGUGGCCUCCGCGCCCGCAGCAGAUUAAAUGUCUUCCCCCAGAGCCAUGUGGGGGCACAUUUCUCACAGGAGGGCCACUCUCUCCAAUCUCUCAGUCUUGAUCCUCAAGGGAAACUUUUCGCAGCGGCCGAGCCGAGCGCGGUGAUGCUGGGGCUGUUUGCCGCUUCCCGCGCAGGCUCCCGCGUCCCACCCCCAGUCGGCUCAGUCCUGGUGGGAAGGCUGCGAGUACCUGGGUUGUCCUGCGGACAGUACAUUAACAGCACAGCCUGUGUGGACGGCACCUGUUGGAGAGAACCCCGAGGUAGGGCGGGGCCGCCCGGAGAGAUUUGCCUGCUACUUCCCUUCAUAACAUAAUAGGACUCUGUUCCUGCCUGAUCAUGAGAAAUCCAAAUAACAGAUCCUUGCAGUAAUGUUCCUCUCUUGUUUGGAUGUGACAACACAAAAACAGAAAAAGAGAAAUAUGAAAAAGCAAAAAGAUUUGUCUGAGUCGGUGGCAUAUGCUCAUGAAUUAAGUAAAAUAAUGGCAGAUACUGAGAAGCACAAUUCUGUGGAACCUGGAAUCUCAAAACUACAGUUUGUUCCCUUUACUAGUGCCUUGGAUGCACGAUUUUGGCAUGAAUUGACCCAGAAGAAACUCAAUGAAUACAGAUUAGAUGAGUCUCCAAAAGUUAUCAAAGGAUAUUAUUAUAAUGGUGAUCCUGUUGGUUUGCCAUCUCGUUUAACACUGGAAUUUAGUGCCUUUGAUGUGAAUGCUGUGACCCCAGCACGCUGCUGUCCUGCAAUUGGAACACUCUACAACACCAACACUUUUGAAUCCUUCAAAUCCUGUGAUAAGAAAUUGCUUUUGGAAAAAGCAGCCAAUGAGAUAUGGGAGGCAAUAAAAUCAGGGACUGCUCUUGAAAACCCUAUGCUCUUGAAUAAAUUUAUGCUGCUGACUUUUGCCGAUUUAAAAAAGUAUCAUUUCUAUUACUGGUUUUGCUACCCUGCACUCUGCUUCCCAGAUGGGAUACCAGUUGUGCAACAGCCAGUUCCUUUGGGGGAAAGGUUCUCUCCAAGUCAGAUUCAAGCACUCCAGAAGGCAUAUGAUCAACUUUGCCAGAAAGAAGGAGUUACAGCUUUGCCUUGCUUUUUAAUCAAGUAUCACAAUAAUUCUGUUUUGAUGUCCCUGCUUAAAAAUUGGAAUGAAUUUUUCCAAGAUCCAGGGGAGAAGGUGACAAUUGGAAUUUAUGAUCCAGGCAAUUUUGUCCAGUAUCCAGGAUGGCCGCUUAGAAAUAUACUGGUCCUGGUAGCCCAGAGAUGGGGUAGUCAUCUCCAUUCAGUUGAAGUGCUCUGCUUCAGAGACAGGACCAUGCAAGGGGUAAGAGAUGUAACGCACAGUAUCCUCUUUGAAAUAAAGCUUUCACAGCUGGCGCUGAGUCCAGUAGAUUGUCCAAAAGCUGUUGGAUGGGAGAAGAACCAAAAAGGAGGCAUGGGUCCAAGAAUGGUGAAUCUUAGUGAAUGCAUGGAUCCUAAAAGGUUAGCUGAGUCAUCAGUAGAUCUUAAUCUCAAACUGAUGUGCUGGCGGCUGGUGCCUACAUUGGACUUGGAGAAGGUUGUAUCUGCUAAGUGUCUGCUGCUUGGAGCUGGUACGCUCGGGUGUAGCGUUGCCAGAACUUUAAUGGGCUGGGGAGUCAGGAAGAUUACAUUUGUUGACAAUGCAAACAUUUCCUAUUCCAAUCCUGUACGACAGCCAUUAUACGAGUUUGAAGACUGUCUCAGUGGUGGGAAGCCUAAAGCACUUGCAGCAGCAGACAGACUACAAAAAAUAUUCCCAGGAGUGAAUGCAAAAGGAUUUAAUAUGAGUAUCCCUAUGCCGGGUCACCCAGUGAAUUUUUCCAAAGUAACAAUGGAGCAGGCUCAAAAAGAUGUGGCACAGCUUGAGCAACUCAUUGAUGCUCAUGACAUUGUUUUCCUGUUAAUGGACACGAGAGAAAGUCGAUGGCUUCCUGCUGUCAUUGCAGCCAGUAAGAGAAAGUUGGUCAUCAAUGCUGCACUGGGAUUUGACACAUUUGUUGUGAUGAGACAUGGACUAAAGAAACCGAAACAGCAGGAACCUGGUGAUUCAUGUUCCAGUAGUAUCACAAGCUCUGCUGAUCUCUUGGGAUCAUCACUCUUUUCAAAUAUCCCUGGUUAUAAGCUUGGCUGUUAUUUCUGCAAUGAUGUUGUGGCACCAGGAGAUUCCACCAGGGAUCGGACACUGGAUCAGCAGUGCACGGUCAGCCGACCAGGGUUAGCCAUGAUAGCUGGAGCCCUUGCGGUAGAGUUAAUGGUUUCUGUUUUACAACAUCCAGAAGGUGGUUAUGCUGUUGCUAGCAGCAGUGAUGACAGAAUGAAUGAACCACCUACCUCUCUUGGGCUCGUGCCUCAUCAGAUUCGUGGAUUUUUAUCAAGAUUUGAUAACGUCCUUCCUGUGAGCCUGGCAUUUGACAAAUGCACAGCCUGCUCUCCCAAAGUCCUUGAUCAAUACGAACACCAAGGGUUCAAUUUCCUAGCAAAAGUUUUUAAUUCCUCACAUUCCUUCUUGGAGGAUCUGACAGGUCUGACUCUACUACAUCAGGAGACUCAGGCUGCUGAGAUCUGGGACAUGAGUGAUGAUGAAACAGUUUGAAAGCCAAGUGAAUGAAGUGGAAGAUGACCUAUUUAGAUCUGUAUUACUGUCUUUUAUCUGUCACUUGAUUUUUUAUAUAUUCUGACAGUUACAAAUAUAACUCUCAUCUUUGAUAUGAAUGGAACAUUAUCUUAACCUGAAAAGCAGUUCUGUUGUGGGUGCGAGUCUCCUCAUAUUUCCAUAUUUAUUGUAUGCAGGACCUAACUAGAGCAACGUGGUUAUAUUUAAAUGCCCAGUUUCUAUUUUUUCAGUUACUAAAUAUAGCUGGCAUACAUUUAGCCACUUAAAUAACUUCCGGUGUGUUUUCAUGUGUCCAUUUUCAUUGUAUUGUCAAUAGACCUGCCUAAAUAAUAUUGUCUUUUCUUCCAAAGAAGUAGUGUCAUUUUAUAAAUAGUUAAUAUUCAGAUUAUGAUAAUAUUCAGAUUAUGAUAAUAUUUUCUUACAGCAGGUAAUUAAAUUACAUUGUUAUUUAAAGGAGCUGGGGUAGAAGAUGAGGUGGGUGAGUAAUUAAAAAUCCACCUACACCAAUUUUUUUACUGUGUCACAGAUUGUGUUUAUAACAUGCCCCUUAUCGUAUGAUAAUAGCAGGGUUUCUGUCUGUGCAGAUGGGAGCAACAGUUUUAAAUCUUAUUAAAGCUCUGUUAAGACCAGUAUUUUAGCAUGUUUCUACACUGUGGAUAAAACAUUGUUUGAGCCUUACCUGGCAAGGAAGAACAGGGUUGGGGAUUCAAACAUUUAUAAAGGGAGCCAUUACAUAAUAACUCUUUUAGAGAAGGGUCUUUGGCUCGAUGAAAGCUGUAGAAAGAGUUUCUCUAACUCUUGUCAUUCUUAGAUGCUGUCAUCCAGUACUUCCCUGGGGCUCAAUAAAGCCCUAAUCUCAAAUCUGCUUGGUGAGUCUUUCAGUUUUAUACUUUGUAGCACCCAGAAGGGCUCCACAGAUUACUAGUUCUGCACAGAGCAUCACUGGAAAACCACUGAGAAAAGUUAUAGUUGUGAAAAGCAGAAUUUUAAAAUACCAAAGUAUGUUACUAUCCCAAAUCAAAUUUAUUGUUUUUCAUCUUGGUCUAAGUAAAUAAUAAUAAUAAUAACAACAUUAUUUUCCAUCUUAAGUCUAGUUUUUUUUUAAGUGAUCCAUGCAUUGCUUUGGAUUUGUCCAACCAUUCUUUCCUCAGUGUAUCAGGAAAAUCAGUAUAUCCAAUAAUUACGUUGUCUUCCUUCAGUUAAGAUAGAAUCCCUGGUUAUGUAAGUCAUAUCAAUUUGUUUGCCAACUAAGCUGAUAUAUCCUCUGGUAUUCCAUAGAAAUAGAAGCACUAUAAGAUGUACUUAGGGCAGAGUGCAAUCCCUACUCAUGGAUUAUGGUUUUGAAUGAAGAUGUAUUGAAAUAGCUAGCUCUCAGCAUGAGAUGUUUAUAAAGUGUUCUCUUGUUUGUACCACUAUGAAAAAUCUCCGCAUUCAAGUUUGCAUUUUUUCCCAAGUGACCAUACAGGAAUGUCUCAUCUAGGUAGCUCCAAUGUAAUAUAAAUAUAUUCUUAUAAUCUAGUUAGAAAGAAAAGUCCUUAGUCUUAAAUAUAUUUUUGAAAAAGGAAGAUUAAUGAUGAAAUAGAAUCUGACAUCUUGAUGAUCUGAAAAAAACCAGUAAGACUGGGAAAAUUCACUGUGCAUUUGUAUACAUGGAAAAUGAUCUUCAAUGGACAAACAAAAUACAUUUCAGAAAUAAGGCUAAAACACCUGAUUUCUCCUGCAUUCAAACCAUUCUGAAUUGUUAUUUUAUUCAUACCAUUAUCAGAGAAAUUAAUUUUAUAAAGCGUCAGUACUAUGGCAGCUGUCAGAGACCAGCCUAUAUAUGUUUCAUAGUUACUGAGAUAGUGACAUGCAAAAAUCUAUUUUGCGGUUGUGCAAUUUUAAUAAUCUGAAACUUGAAAAAUGACUCCUGUGCCCCAGAGUUUACUAACAUGGAAAAGUCUUUUGGAUAUAUGAAACCUUGUCCAAACUACAGUUGUACUAUAUUCUUACAAAUCUACAGGUGUACUGUAUUCUUACAAAUCUCCGAAUCUCUCCUAAUCGAUUUGGAGGGUUCUGAUUCGAUUCGGAGAGAUUAAAGGUUCUGGUUCUGAUUCUAUUCAGAUUCAUAGAUUUGGCCACCAAAUCAGGCCAAAUCUCCACCAAAUUGAAUCAGGGACUGAAGCUUCACACAGCCCUAGUAAGUAUCCAUUUAACUACCGCAGUAUGCAAGAUCUAGAGUAGGGAUGUGAAAAGCUUCAGUUGCUGAUUUGAUUCGGAGAAGAUUUGGCCCAAUUCAGCGGCUGAAUCAUCAAAUUGGGAGACCCAUUAAAAGCUCUGAAUCAAUUUUGAAUUAAUUCAGAAAAGAUUUGGUGAUUCAGAAGGCAGUUUUGUGGGGAAACAGAAACAGAGGAGCAGGGCAAAGACAGCUCUGAUAUUGACAUCUGUAGCUGGCCAGUGACCGUGACCUUUCCCUGAGUUCCCUCCCAAUCACAGUGCUCUGUGGGACUGACAUAGAAACAGCAUAUAAGGCCCUGUGUGAAGCUUUUCUCUGCCAGAGGCACCAGACCCCACCAUCUGGCAGAUAGUGUAGAGGCCUUUGUGGCUACCUAUUUUGCCAAGGACCUGGAGACGCUGCAAUGUGACCCCUUAGCCUGUUGGACAACCCAUAGCCAGAUGUGGCAGGAUCUGGCCACAGUUGCCUGGGAACACCUUUCCUGUCCACCGACCAGUGUUCCAAACGAGAGGGUGUUCAGUAUUGCUGGUGAUGUAGUGACACCCCACUGCACCACCUUGAAUCCUGGUUUGGUGGAGCAGCUUGUGUUCCUGAAGGUGAACCUCCCACUGCUGGGGUUCCCCAAGCUCCACCUGCAGAUGGAGUGAGUGCCACCCUCCUCACUCCACACCCAUUUCUUUUUGUUAGUAGCUUUCACAACCAUUUAAUGCCCUGCUCUCAGAGCUGGUGGGGGAAGUUUUUUCAUCAGUCAGCAGGGGAAGAACUUCUCCCUCCUGAGGUCCCAUGCCAGGACAAACUUGGAGAUAUGGACUGGGGCUAUGGGGAAGGAAGCAGCCCUAGGUCCUGAGCAUGACCUAAAAUUGGAAUGGUGAUGGUUCUGUUGUGGAGUAUAGUAAUUGUGGGGGUACUGGAGAUAUGUUGGCAGGUUUUGCAUUUCUUGUCAUGGCAUGGUCUGGAUCCAUUUGGUGUGUUUUGGGCUGUAGGAAGUUUGCUUCUGGUGAUGAGGUUAGCGAGGUUCAGUACUCGUUUGAAUUUCCAAUACACUUUUCACAGAUGAGCCUAUGAACUUCACAUCAUCAACCUCCAUUGAUACACGUUACAAAAACUCACGGAUUCAAUAUAGGCAUUGGAUUUGUGACACACUAUAACCUGCCUGACAUCUGACUCCCCAGGUACCUCUCCACUUUUACCUGCUACAUCCCCCUUCCUUCCCCCCGUGCCUGUCUGUCACCCCCUGAUGCCUCAAUUUAGAUUUUCACUGACUAGCCUUCUUGCUUGCAGCCCAGCCUCUGGCUUCUUUACUAUUCAUUUCAUCCAGGAAGAGCACACACACCAACUGCAGAUGCUUUCUCAGCCUGAUGAAGGGUUUUUAAAUCCAAACGCUUGCCAAGAUAUAUUUCUCCAACUAUUCAGUUGGUCUAAUAAAAGAUAUUGUAUCUACUCAAAGAACCUUGCCUGUCUGCUCCUUCGACCAAUAUGGCUACAACCAGAAAUCCAGCCAACACACACAAGUGAUAAAGAGUUUUGCUUUCAACAGUUUGAGGUGCAUUUUCAUAAAAGCUCCUGAACCUAACUCCUUGAAACUUGGCAGGCUUCAUGCCCUCAGAAGGGGUUACCAUCUCUGCUACUUUCAUUCCACUCUGCCUUACAACACAAGUGAUAUGAGUUUUGCUUUCAACAGUUUGAGGUGUACUUUCACUGAAACCCCUGCAUCUAUCUCCUUGAAAAUUGGCAGGUUUCAUGCCCUCAGAAGUGGCUACCAUCCCUGCUGUUUUCAUCCAAUUCUGCCAAAAAAUGACAAAGUUAUAGGUAUUUUAGUGAUUCCUCAUUAUAGUCUAUGGCCGAAUCACACUGAAUCAGUGCCAAAUAUUUAGAAUCUGAUUCGACCAAAUCCAUUCCGGACAGUGAUCUGAAUCACCGGAUCAAAUCCCUGUCCUCUGAAUUGGCCGAAUCUGAAUUGAAUACCGGUUGCUUCGCACAGGCCUCAUCUAGAGGUCCAGAACUCAGGGUUAAUAUGAUGUUUCGUUACCUCUGUAAUUUCUGUAACGUACAACUGUGUCAGUUGUAUGCUUUCUGUACAUAUGCUGCCCAUAUUUGUCCAAUGUUCAGAAACACUUUAGUUUGAUUUGGAAAAACUUAUGUUGUCUAACUUUAUUGUUUUUUCUUUCUCCAUGCAAAACAUACUUGUUCUUAUUUUCUUCUAAAAAGGGGUGUAAGCAUUUACUGAGAGGAAAACAGUGAAAAUAUAUGUUCAAAUGAAUGAAAAAAAUAUAUAUUAAAGAAGCCUAAACAGCUGAAA